AUGUUUAGCCGGGAAUGGCGCUCUGCUCUCGUAGUCAAAGCCCUAGGGAGGUCCGUCUCGUACACCCUCAUGGCUAAACGCCUAACGAGCCUUUGGGCUAGGGUGAAUACAAUCCAAGUGAUGUCAGCUAAGAAUGGAUACUUCCUGGUUAGAUUUAGCAGCGGGAUCGAUUAUGAACGGGCGGUGACAGGUGGCCCGUGGAUGGUGGGCGACAACUAUCUGACUGUGCAUCCGUGGACAAGUGACUUUAACCCCUAUGAACACGAGAUCUCUUCUACCCUGGUAUGGGCGCGGCUAUUAGAGAUCCCCAUUCAUUAUUUUCAUCCUGUGGCUGUGAUGAGGAUAGGGCAGCGCAUUGGGAAGCCUAUUCGGGUGGACCAAGCAACGAGUACGGGGGCCCGGAGCGACUAUGCUCGGGUUUGCGUUCAGGUUGAUCUCACCAAGCCCCUACUCUCGAAGUUCUCGUUGCAUGGAAAGAAGUAUUUCAUACAAUACGAAGUUCUUGAGAAUAUCUGUUUGAAGUGUGGGAAGUACGUGACAAGAGGAUGCUGUUCAUGCAUGGCCCAACCAACGGAGGCGGAGGCUCCUUCGAACACGAGCAAUGUUGAUAAACAGUCGGAGGAGCCAGAUGCCCUUUAUGGGGAUUGGAUGAUAGCGCAGAGGCGGCCCCGACCGAAGAAGGAAAACGGGAACCGAGAUAUAGCGACGGGGAAGUCCAAUGUGGGCAAUGGCAGGACACAGAAGGAGGGGCCAGCUGGUUCCCGAUAUAAUGUCCUUGUUGUUGAUGAAAUGGAGGAAGACACUGGGACAGGCAACACACAGGGGGAGGGUAGUGUCGAGAAUAAUUCAGCGAGUGUGGUGAAAGAGAAGGACUCAAAGGGCAAACAAUCGGUAAUUAAAAGUAAGGGUACUAAGUCGGUAGGAAGUAACUCCGAGAAGGCUGGGAAGAGUGCGGAGACGAAUUCGAAGGUUGACACGGCGAAGAAGACAAUACAAGUGAGAGAAUCAGUGCUGCUGACCCAGCCUUUGGAGAAGAACCUCAAUGCUCCGGCUACAGCACCCCCAUUGAAGACGUCGCAGCCAGUGACAUUGCCGAAUCAGCCGAGGAAUACUGUUGAUGGGGUCCAACCUAUGGAACCCAGUGCCAUCCAAGGACACCAGGUCCGGCCACCUGAUCUCCAAAACAAGCUUUUGGGCAGUCCGGAGAUUCCAUCCCUAGGAGAGACGACCGAGAUUGUUACGCAGGGCCUCGUGAAUGAGGCCUUCGCAGCGUGA